UUCCCAAUUCUCUUUGCUUCUUCCACUCUUACUCCCAAUAUUUUUCUCGCAAUGGGGGCUCACCGCCGGUUUGAUCCAAUCUCAAAAUGUAGCACUGACGGCCGAACCAACCAGGCGGUGGCUGCCGACCUUGAUGGGACCCUCCUCGUCUCGACGAGCGCAUUUCCGUACUACAUGCUCGUUGCCAUUGAAGCCGGGAGUAUCCUAAGAGGCCUUAUUCUUCUCUUGUCCGUACCCUUUGUGUACUUCACGUACCUUUUCGUUUCCGAGGCCGUUGCAAUCAAGACCUUCAUCUUCAUCACCUUCGCCGGGCUCAGAAUUAAAGACGUCGAGCUCGUUUCGCGGUCGGUUCUUCCAAAGUUCUAUGCUGAGGAUGUUCACCCGGAGACUUGGAGAGUGUUCAGUGCCUUUGGAAAGAGAUAUAUUGUCACUGCCAGUCCGAGAAUCAUGGUCGAGCCAUUUGUAAAGACCUUCCUGGGAGCUGAUAAGGUUUUGGGCACUGAAUUGGAAGUGACAAGGUCAGGGAGAGCCACUGGGUUUGUAAAGAAACCUGGCGUUCUUGUUGGAGAACACAAGAGAGAAGCUAUUGUUAAAGAAUUCGGGACAGCCAUGCCAGAUUUGGGCCUUGGUGAUAGAGACACAGACCAUGAUUUUAUGUCACUUUGCAAGGAAGGGUACAUGGUACCAAAAUCCAUGAGUGAGCCACUGCCAAGAAACAAGCUCCUGAGUCCGGUGAUAUUCCAUGAUGGGCGGUUUGUGCAAAGACCAACCCCAGUAAUCGCGCUUUUAACUUUGUUGUGGCUCCCAAUUGGCAUAAUCCUUUCCAUUCUAAGGGUCUACCUCAACAUCCCUCUCCCAGAGAGACUGGCCUGGUACAACUACAAGCUGUUGGGAAUCAAGGUCAUCGUCAAGGGCACCCCUCCCCCGGCGCCGAAGAAGGGCCAGAGCGGCGUCCUCUUCGUCUGCAACCACCGCACGGUCCUCGAUCCCGUUGUCACCGCUGUCGCCCUUGGGAGAAAGAUAAGCUGCGUGACAUACAGCAUAAGCAAGUUCACGGAGAUCAUAUCUCCCAUCAAGGCCGUGGCAUUGUCUAGGGAGAGAGAGAGAGACGCCGCGAACAUCAAACGCCUUCUCGAAGAAGGAGAUUUGGUGAUUUGCCCUGAAGGGACUACUUGUAGAGAACCUUUUCUUCUCAGAUUCAGUGCUCUUUUCGCCGAGUUAACCGAUAGAAUUGUCCCUGUGGCGAUAAACACCAAACAAAGUGUUUUCUUCGGCACCACGGUUCGUGGGCACAAGCUUUUGGACCCUUACUUUGUGUUCAUGAAUCCGAUGCCAAGUUAUGAGAUUACUUUCUUGAAUCAAUUGCCUACGGAGUUGACUUGCAAAGGAGGUAAAUCGGCGAUUGAAGUUGCUAACUAUAUUCAAAGGGUUUUGGCUGGGACGUUGGGAUUUGAGUGCACCAAUUUGACUAGGAAGGAUAAGUACGCUAUCCUUGCGGGGACAGAUGGCAAAGUUCCGUCCAAGAAAGAGAAGGCCUAG